AUGCUUAUAGAAAACACUAAUGAUCGCUUUGGUAUCGUCAUAGAUGCAGGGUCUUCGGGUUCCAGGAUCCAUGUGUUCAAGUGGCAGGACACAGAGCCACUUCUUCAUAAAGAAUACCAGGAAUCAGAGUCCACUUUGCAGUCAGUGCCCCAUAUUCAUCAAGAAAAUGACUGGACUACUAAAAUGAAUCCUGGCUUAUCAACCUUUGAAAAACAACCACAAGAGGCGUACAAAUCUCACAUCAAACCACUACUAGAUUUUGCUAAAAAUAUUAUACCAGAAUCCCAUUGGUCGAGUUGUCCCGUUUUCAUCCAGGCCACCGCGGGUAUGCGUCUUUUACCUCAAGACAAACAGGCAGCCAUUCUAGAUGGCUUGUGUCAAGGACUUAAGCAUCCCUCAGAAUUUCUGAUUGAGGAUUGCUCUUCACAAAUUCAAGUUAUUGAUGGUGAAAUUGAAGGCCUAUAUGGCUGGCUCGGGUUGAACUAUCUUUACGGACAUUUUAAUAACUACAAUCCGCAAGUUUUCAAUCAUUUCACUUUUGGAUUCAUGGACAUGGGCGGUGCUUCUACCCAAAUUGCAUUUGCGCCACAUGACCGAGACCAAAUAGCAGAACAUAGAAAUGACAUCGCUACUAUUUUUUUGAAGAGUGUUAACGGAGAUUUACAAAGAUGGGAUGUGUUCGUAAGCACGUGGUUGGGGUUUGGUGCAAAUCAAGCCAGAAGAAGAUAUUUGGCUCAGUUGAUCAAUACCCUUCCAGAAAACACGAAUGACUAUGAAGAUGAUGACUUUUCCACAAGGACUUUGAACGAUCCAUGCAUGCCUCGAGGAAGCAACGGUGAUUUUGAAUUUAAAGAUACCACUUUCCGAAUUAUUGGUUCUGGGAAUUAUGAGCAAUGUACUAAAUCUAUUUACCCUUUGUUGUUGAAAAACAUGCCUUGUGAUGAUGAGCCUUGUUUGUUUAAUGGCGUACACGCUCCUCGAAUAGAUUUUGCUAACGAUAAAUUUAUAGGCACUUCCGAAUAUUGGUAUACUGCCAAUGACGUAUUCAAGUUGGGAGGCGAAUAUAGCUUUGAUAAAUUUAGUAAAAGCGUAAGGGAAUUUUGCAAUGCUAAUUGGACCCAGAUAAUGGGGAACAGUAAGAAAGGAAUGUACAACGACAUCCCGGAUAAUUUCUUGAAAGACGCAUGCUUCAAGGGUAACUGGGUCCUCAAUAUACUUCAUGAAGGGUUUGAUUUGCCUCGAAUAGACGUCGACGCCGAAAAUGUCGAUGAUAAGCCUCUAUUUCAAAGUGUGGAGAAAGUCAACGAAAGAGAAUUGUCCUGGACAUUGGGCAGAAUUUUGCUUUAUGCUUCGGGAAGCGUAUUAGCUGGCCAAAAAAAUGCCGUAGUGGGUAUUGUUCCCAGCGAAAGGAGGAUAAAACUUACUGGUAUAGAAUUCAUACAUGGCAGGAUACUCAAAUCUGGUCAACUGCUCAGACAAAGCUCUAGCCUUUCUACCAAAGGGUUUUUUAUGUGGUUUAUAAUAAUCUGCUGCCUGUUCUAUCUGAUCUUUAAUAAAUCUCACACCAUCAAAAGGCGCUUGUCCGGACUGUACAACCUUAUCAAGGAUGUCAAGACAGGCAUAAAGAGAAAGAUGAAAUCUUUAAAGAGGUCAGAUCAAUUUUCCAGAUUAGAGGAAGGUAAAUUUGGAACAGAAACAGACAACUUUAAAGAGGCAUAUAGGCUGAAGAGCAACAGUAUGUUUGAUCUCGGCAAAAGUUCGGCAACAAUGCAGAGGGAGCAUGAACCCCAAAGGACGACAAGUCAAUCCGCUAACCUGGCUCCAUCAAACUUACGACCUGCAUUUUCUAUGGCGGAUUUCUCUAAAUUCAAGGACAGUAGGCUAUAUGAUUAA